AUUGUGUGCCUUUUCCUCAUUAGGUUCCUCAGUCGAUAACAAGACCUUUUGCGAGAUGGAAGAUGAUAAAGUGAAGCUCCUGGCUGACCAAGGAGAUGAGCGAAACUCGAGAAGCAUCCAAGUUCAGGACACUGACCAUCCGUCAGGUGAUUUAGGAUCUGGAUCUGUUCCAGACGAUCCGUCGGAUGUACAUGUAAAUGGUCCCAACAGCAACCAAGCCUCCAUCAACCCAACUUCGGACCCUGAAAACGGGGAUGAUGAGGGAGAAAAGAAAUCGAAACCACUCACCUUGAAUCAGAAGCUGACAUUCGCUGGGAUUGCCUCUAUGUACCUGACGUCUAUGAUGUCCUUCUCAGUUCUGGCUCCUUUCUUUCCAAAUGAAGCAGAGAAGAAAGGUGUUACCCCAGCUGAGACAGGACUGGUGUUUGGUAUCUUCGCUCUUGUCAGUUUCAUCUCAUCUCCGUUCUGGGGAAAAUAUCUACCAGUGAUUGGAGCUAAGUUCAUGUAUCUGAGUGGGUGUUUCGUAGCAGCUGGCUGUAAUCUGUUAUUUGGGUUCUUGGUCGACAUUGACAGCAAGACCACAUUCCUAGGCUACUGUUUUGCCAUUCGUGUUGUGGAAUCCCUCGGGUCUGCAGCGACCAUUACAGCCGGCAUGUCGAUUGUCGCUAACGUCUUCCCAGAUAAUAUAGCACAGAUGAGUGGUAUGCUUGAGUUAUUCAGCGGUCUUGGGUUUGCAUGCGGUCCUCCGCUUGGCAGUUUAUUUUAUGGAAUAGGUGGUUAUAAACUCCCUUUUAUCGUGUUAGGCUGCACAGCUAUGGUCAUAUCUAUCAUUGAUAUAUUCAUUCUACCCAGUUUAAAAUCUGACAAUAAAAAGGAGGAGUCUGGGUCUGUGUUGGCAGUUCUGAAGAUCCCUGCUGUAUCGAUCGUUCUUGUUGCCUGUAUGUGGGGGAGCGCUUGUCUUGGCUUCAGUGACCCUACAUUAUCUAUCCAUCUCACUUCACCUCCACUCAACGUGCAUCCAUCCAUGGUAGGUGUCUUGUUUCUUCUGGUUGGUGGAACUUAUGGACUCUUUGCACCAUUCUGGGGCUACAUUGCCGAUAAAAAGAGAGUAACCCGUUUUAUGAUGGUCAUAGGUUUCUACAUCACUGGAAUUUCCUUCAUGCUGAUUGGUCCAAGUCCCCUUUUCAAUAUAGAAGGCAAAUUAUGGAUCAUCAUCUUAUCUCUGGCAUUACUUGGUCUUUCCAUAGGAAUAGGACUUAUGCCAGCAUUUCUUGAUCUCCUGAUAAGUGCCAAAUGGUAUGGAUUACCUGAUAAUCUUGCAACUCAAGCGAUAUUAUCUGGUCUGUUUAAUGGAGCAUUUUCUUUAGGAACAUUUGUAGGUCCGACACUUGGAGGCGCCCUUGUCAAUCAAAUGGGAUUUGAUUGGUCAUCCACGUUCUUCGCUGGAGGUUGCUUUGUGGUCGUUAUUGUUCUGUCUCUGUUUGGUGUGUGGGAAUACCAGUGCGGAAAGGGACGAAGAAAACCAAAGCAUAUGAGGAGUGAGCCAUACCCUUCCAUCACAGAAGACGCCAACCGUGUUGUAUCGGCUUGAGCUAAGGCCACUCAUGUCUACCUCCUGGAUGGCCUACUGUUAAGCCUAACUGUUAUUAUUGUAAUCAUUACAGAUUUGCCCCAAGAAAAAAAAAUCAUUCAUCUCAAUUUUGUUUUCUCAUGUGAAAUUGCUUUGUGAAAGCUCACCCACAAUCAUUCAUGACUGAACUUUCUCACGAGUCAGGCAUUUAUUUUUCUUGAAUAAAAACUCAGAUUAAUUCAUUGAAAUUGAUCAAUUCCAGUCGAUUAAGAUUAAUUUGAUAGUCCCGGGGCAGUGUUUGCGCCAUAUAUCUGUUAAAAAAACAUUCAUAGGGGCAGGCUCAUCCAAUAAAGUUGCACUUAAAUGCGGACGCGCACAUGAUAUGCAACGCACAAUCUUAUUGAUAGGUAUGCAGUAUUGCGCGUCCUCAUGACACGAUCUGACCAAUGCGGUCAAGCCUUUCAUACUGUACGCAACUCGGUAUUUAACUUAAUAGAUUAUUAACAGAUAAUUUGGCAUUUAUCCCAGGGGCCGCGGAACAGUUUUCAAAGUG